AUGCGGGUCUAUUCGCUUAUACUUCUCUGUUUCAUUACUUUUGUCUAUGGACAAGAAAAAGCUGAAGUGGAUAUACGAGUUUCAGGAGCAUGCUCUCCAAUUUACUUGUCAAGAAAGGGAAUCGACAUCAACAAAUACCGGCCGAGUAUACGCUUCAACCCAGACAAAAUCCAACUAAUUCCAAAGAACCCAGUUAUUCCAGGAUGUAUCAAAAUCAAAGCAGAGGGUGUUGAGAUUACGAGACCAACCAAGAACUUGAUUGCUGAAGUUGAGAUGAGAAUCGGAGGAACUCCAGAUCCAAACAAUCCAUCCCUCCCUUGUUCAAAGAAAAUUGAUGAGAAAGUGAAUCAGUGUCCAUGCGCUAAAUUAGAGGGAUCUUGUGUCUUCUGUGAUUUCUGCAAACAACUCAAAGCCCAAUCGUCUAAAAUCACUGCUAGCAAGCUUAGCAGACCCGAACACAAACUGAUCGAUGAGGAUUGCAAAUGUGGUGACAUGCAACCAGGACUUUACGACAUUGAAACUGAGAUGUGCACCCCAGAGAUGGAUGACUUCAAAGAUUACAUCCCACCAGAGAUUCAAAACAAUAUUCUUGAGAAAAGACCUAUUUCAAUGUUCAUUACGGUCUACUUGAUGGAUAUGGAACCAAGAUCUUCAAAGGAAUCUUACUUGUCAGCAUUCGGAAAAGCUAUCCUUCAAAGAAGAAUGGCACAAAGCACAGUGGCCUGCUUCUUAUUGGGAAUUGACGUCAAACUUGCCCUUCCGUCCUUUGAUUGA